ACCUGAAAUUAAACAAUAAUGAUCGAGCAGUUCUCUUAUAUAAUAAAGAAAAUAAUACAAUUGAUAUGCGAUCAAUUAGUGUCCCUGAAGAUUAUCAAGGGAGAGGUCUAGCAAGAAUUCUAGCUGAGGCAGCCCUGACGUAUGCAAUUGUCAAUGACUACAGAAUAAUUCUUACCUGCAAGUACAUGCAGAAAUUCUACCUCUCAACAAAAACCCGUGAUCUGGAGGAACGUGUGAUUGGUCCAUACCAUCUGCUCUCGAAGAAAUAAAUUAGUGA